ACCUCCAUGAGCGACGGCUGCGAGAGCUGGAGCGCCGGCGGGGGGACGGGGGGAGCUGCAUGGCCCCGGCACUGGAAAUGACUUCUGCUCAGAGCGCGGGGGGAAGCGAGGAGCCACCCGCGCCGGCCUUCGGCAAGCCCGGCCCGACGGGGCCCCCGGGGGCCACCAUGGGCCGGGAGGCGGGCGGCGGCGGCGGCAACAAGCCUAAGGCGGCUCCGGCUCUUCUACCCUUCAGCGUCGAAGCGCUCAUGGCCGACCGCAGAAAGCCCGGCAGCCUGUCCAGAGGGCCCGAGCGGGGGGAGCCGUCGGCGCACCCGAGGACCCUCAGUCCCAGGAUGGGGGCGCCCUCUGCCGCGGCGCCGGAGAGACCGGCCUCGGCGCUCGCCAUCGCCAGCCAUUUUGCUGUCGGGGGAUUAGUCCAAGUGCCCGAAGAGGCGCUCGCCAAAGCCGAAAGCCCUGAGAAGCCGGAGCGGACGUCCUGGAUGCAAAGCCCCCGCUUCUCUCCGCCGCCGCCAAGGCGCGCCAGCCCGCCGGCCUGCACCCUGCGCAAGCACAAGACCAACCGCAAGCCGCGGACGCCCUUCACGACGGCGCAGCUGCUGGCGCUGGAGAGGAAGUUCCGCCAGAAGCAGUACUUGUCCAUCGCGGAGCGCGCGGAGUUCUCCAGCUCGCUGAGCCUCACCGAGACGCAGGUCAAGAUCUGGUUCCAGAACCGGCGCGCCAAGGCCAAGCGGCUGCAGGAGGCCGAACUGGAGAAGCUGAAGAUGGCAGCCAAGCCCAUGCUGCCGCCCGCUGCCUUUGGCAUCUCCUUUCCUUUGGGCGGCCCGGCGGUGGCGGGCGCCUCUCUGUAUGCCUCCUCGGGGCCCUUCCCGCGAGCCGGCCUGCCCGUCACCCCCGUGGGACUCUACACGGCGCACGUGGGCUACAGCAUGUACCAUCUCACCUAGAACCCCUGUGGGCGAGGGGGGGGGCUCCUCCACCCCAGAGGAUCUGUCAGAUAUGUCAGCCCUCUGGUCCCUCGACGGGAGAGGCACCACCCAGCAGGGAAGGAAGGAGAGCUGGUCCUCUGGACUCGCCCAGGUAAAGCCUCUCUCCAAGGACUGGAAUACUCCGCAGGCUUGGGCUGCCCUUUAGGGAACAGGAGUCAGACUGUGGACACCCCGCCCGCCCCCAGGCCCCGAGGACUGCACCUGCUGCUCUUUGCAGCUUGUUCUUCCACCAAGCCCCGUGGAAGGGCUCUGCAUACUGUGUAAUAUAAUGUACAGUUCAAAAUUUAUUAUCGUUUAUAUUAAUAGCUAUAUUU